AUGAUGAGACAGAUCGGAAAAGGAUUCUGCGGCAGCGUAUGGGUAGAUCCCGACAUCCCCUCGCUCGUCAUGAAGCGCGAAGACGGAGGUCCCUAUCGAUCCGUGACGACCGACUCCGUAAUCCACACACGUCUUCUGCCAAACUUGCACACCGCUCGGAACUACCUGGGACUGGCGACUCGAGUCCUUAUCCCGCAGCACCACGGCCUCUUCCACAAGGAAGACACUGAUUGGUGGUACUGGCGUGCCGAGUCAUUCCCAGCAGGCUAUGAGCAUACACACACCCUCGUUACGGAACGCAUCCCACCACUUCCGCUCGAAGCUCGAGAGAAGCUCAUCGACCUCUUCUGCGCUGAAAAUACCAGAGAGGCCGUGAGAAAAAGCCGACAAGACGAAGACUGUCUCGUCCGCCCGUACCUCGGACGACGCACCUAUCGAGCGACCCCAAGCAAGUUCUUCACACUCCGCAAUAAGCCCCUCUGCGUCAACCAGAUGGAGUCUAUCAACCUUCCAGUACAGGACUAUGCCCGAACUAUGGCCGAAGGUCUGGCUGUCAUGUAUUGGAAAGCCAGAAUGGAUGCGAACGACAUCGAGUUUGUGCUUGCUCCCGGGCGCUCAGGUGGAGGAGAUUUCGACUCGGAGGUCCUGGGACGACAUUCGCUCUGGGUGUUGGACUUUGAUUGCGUCAAAAUGAUGACGCUUGACGUGCAAGGUAUUGAACAAGCGGCGGCGGCGUACAUGAGGAACGAUCCAUACUGGCCGCGGCCGGGCAGCGAGGUGCAGGCUGAUCAGGAUAUUUGGGAGAUAUUUCGCGCGCGGUUUCUGGAAGCGAGUGCGCGCAUACUUGGGAAUGGGUCCGAGUUGGGGCAGUUGUUCGUCAAACGGUUGGAAUUGCUUGUGCAGCAGAGCAAGGAGAAUAAGCUGGCGAUAGACGAGCGGUUGGGACAGGAGGCGGCGGUCACUGCUGGAGAGACAGUCAUCUGA